GAGUGACUUUUGCAUCCACACCCAGCGGAAAGCAACGCUUCUCCUCAACAUCAAUGUGAGUUAUCGAUGGACGGAGAAUGAUGAACUUGCCGACUUUCUUGCGGCAAAGAACAACCUCCUUGUCUUUGGGAAGCUGCAAUACGAUGAGACGUACAUUACAUUGCUUCGAGGCAUUUCAGGCAUCCCCGACGUGUUAUCCCGCUCCCCGAAACUAUUUCAAUUUGAUGUGACUCCUAACGCGUCGCAUUUAGACGCAUUUGGGGUAGUGGAAGGACACCCGUUGCAACGGGAUGGUGCAUUUGAGCACGUGGUCUACCCGUUUCGAGAAAUGGCACUGUUGUACCGUGGACAAGUUGUUCAAAAGCUAUCCGAUUCAGAAGUCAUGAACACUUUUUUUAGUGGAGAUAGAAACUUUACAUUGCAACAAGUGACACGGGAUUUAAAUCAAUUGAGUGAUUCCUACAUAACAAGCGGUAUGAUGUAUAUGGAAAUUGGUUUUUAUGGUACAAUUAUUCCAUUUGGAGCUCGUCAUUCUCAUUUAUGGAUUACGUUUAAAGAAUCUUUACCAGUGAAAGGAAAUUACAAUUAUGACCAGUCACCAAGCCCAGCCAUUAUCGCUGCCAUUACUUUUGGUAGUGCGGUGCUUGCAAUCAUUAUGGUAACAGUUUUGUGUUAUUUAUGCCGGCGGCAGAAGGACAUUGAUGAUCCGCUUUUGGCCAACGCUUUAGAGAAACAGAGUCAAAUGAUGAUGAAAAAGAAGGAUUGA